AUGGAGCCAGCAGAGAUCAGAUUCUCUCUACAGAGACCUCUACAGCACACAGAUCCAGACAUGGCUCCUACAGCCACUGCAGCAAUGACCAACUCUCAGGAGCAUCUCACUCUGACCCACAAGCUCAGAAAACCUCUGGUGGAGAAGUUACGCAGAGAGCGAAUCAACAGCAGCAUUGAGCAGCUCAAGUCUCUCCUGGGUCCAGAGUUCCUCAAACAGCAGCCAGACUCCAAGCUGGAGAAAGCAGACAUCCUGGAGAUGACAGUUUGUGUUCUGAGACGACUGCAGCAGCAGAAUCAGCAGCAGAGAAGACUGCUGAACCACUUCAACAAGCUGCAGUCUUCCUCUGAUAACAACCUGAGAGAGGCUGACUUCUCUCCUCUGAGCUCCACAGUCCAGACCAGCAUCACCACAGACAAGAGUCCAGUCAACAGCGCCCCCUGGAGGCCGUGGUAGACACCUACAGACUGGAGUUACUGCCAGACAAACUGAGAAAACCAUAUUGGUCAAAGAUUACUGAAACUGAAUUCCUCUGAAUUCUGAAGUUUUAUGAACUUUUUCUUCUAUCUUUACAGAAGGUUGUAUUUUCUUUAUUCAAAAUGACAUUUCCUGAGGAAAUGAAAGCAACAAUAUCUUUCAAUUUAAGAAAUUUAAGAGAAAUUCUUGCCAUGCAUGUUGCAUGAAACAAAUCUGAUUACUGUAAUUCUGUAAUUAAUACUGUAAUUAAUAUUAUACCUCACUGUACUUCAUGUAUUUGUUUAUAAUGCCAUGGUAGUUAAUGUUAUCUUAUGAUUGUUAUGGAUCAUUUUGAUCAGAAUUAAUGAUUGUUAAUAGUUUAAAAAAGCACAAUUGUACUUUUUAUGGACAUUCUGUCAAGUUAUAUGAUUAUUGAUCUGUUUUGAGAUCCAUAUGUUUCUCCUUUUACUGUAAAAGGUUUAUUUGAUGUCACAUUGUCACAGUUUCCAGUGGCAAUGUUGUAUUUUAAAUUUUGAUAAUCAAUUUGAUUUCAUGAUUAUUUCGAACAAUGUGACCUGUUGUUAGGUCACUUUUUAGUAUUUUGUCUUUUGUUCACUGAAGGCAAAUAUUUAAAGCUUUCGCUUUAAAAAAAAAGUCAAAGUACAGUGAGUACUGUGUCCUCAAAUAUUGCAAAUUGUUUGUCAUAUGUUAUAAAGACAGUUGUUCCUUUACUCUCUGUGAGUACAGUGUAUCUUUUAGAAAUCUACACGUUGUUGUUGUGAUGUAUCAUCACCUCUAGUUGGAGCUGUCAUUAUUUGUGUGGCUCAUUGUGCCUUGUUGAAUAAA